GUACAAACAAAUAUUGGCCGAAUGUAAUUGAAUCAAUUUUCGGUGAAAAAAUUACUAAAUUACACUUAUAAAAUCACUGAAUGAUGAUUCAGUCUGACUGUAGAUCACUAAAAUAUGAAAUAAAUAACAUAAUUAAGUAUAAUAUAAUAAUAAAGUAAUCUAGUCAACAUAUCAUGGGUGAAUAAUGAAUGAGCAAGUUUCAAGAACAUUUUGCCAAGCAACUCUUACAAUUUUUAUAGGUAAUAAAUAUUUCUUUGUGGCAAAUCAUCAUGGCACAGGAACAUCGUUGUUCAUAAUAAGUUGCAUGCCCAUUCAAGAAACCUACAUAGACACCCCUCAGAAAUUAUCUAAAAUAGAAACUCUACGCUUGGCUGCAAAUUACAUAAGUGCUUUGAGCGAAAUGCUUCAAGAAAAUCAGCCAAUGGAAUCAGAGAGAUAUAUUCAAAUUUUAUCCAAGAAUCUCAGUCAAUCAACAGCGAAUCUCAUAGCCAACUCGGUGAUAAAAAAUUCGGUCACCAACAUCUGGGAAGAAAGGACUAAAAUGUACUGUACAAACAGUAAAAUAUUUAAUUAUCACAACAAAACUAACAACCAGUGGAUUUCCUCUUACAAUUCCUUCCAUGAUUAUUGUUGGUCACCAUACAGAUUUGAUGCUUUUUGGUUCUGCUCAGACGAGGACGGCACUAAUUAUAAGUGUUACGACAAAGAUUUUGACUUUAUUGGUGAUAACUUUAUCUACUCUCGAUGUAACUGUUGACCAUACAUGAGAACUAUAUUUAUGCCAAAAUAUAUAGAUACUUAUACUUAUACAAUUAAUUUUUUUGCGUAAUGAUUUCAA